AUGGGUUUAUUACUACAAAUUCGAGUUUUGCAAUUGAGGCAUAACAACUUCUCAGGAAAUCUACCCUCAUCCUUACAAACUUGUGAGCAGCUCCAAGUUUUUGAUAUUGGAGAUAAUGCAUUGGAAGGAAAAAUUCCAUUGUGGAUUGGCCAAAAACUGACAAAUUUGUUCGUUCUGUCUCUAAAAUCUAAUAAAUUCAAUAAUCGUAUUCCAUCUAAUCUAUGUAAUCUCCAAGCCAUUGAAAUGUUGGACCUUUCCAUGAAUAGAAUAUUUGGGACUAUCCCUCCAUGUCUAGACAAUUUUACCUCUAUGGUGGAAAAACGAGAUCACAAUGAACUUGGAAUCUAUACCUUUAGGGUGGAUGUACCUCUUAGUAAGAAUACUACAUUACUCUUUGAAUUAGGAUCACUAGAGAUUAUGUGGAAAGGAGUGUACCUUGAGAAUGAAAAGAUUUUUAGAUCAUUAAGACUCAUUGAUCUUUCAAGCAAUCAAUUGACUGGACAAAUUCCAGAAGAAUUAACACAUCUUGUUGAAUUAAUUCAACUUAACCUAUCAUGGAACAAUUUGCAUGGAGCUAUCCCAAAGGAGGUUGGGAAAUUGAGUAAUCUGCAAUCACUUGAUCUGUCCAACAUCAAGCUCUCCAGUGAAAUUCCCUCUAGCUUAGCAACAAUAUCAUUUUUAAGCUACUUGAAGUUGUCGAACAACCGAUUGUCUGGAAAAAUCCCCACAGGCACUCAACUACAAAGUUUUGAAGCCUCUAGCUAUACAGGAAACCUUAGACUUUGUGGACCUCCUCUACCAAACUCAUGCUUUGGAGAUGAAACUUUACAAGGCAACCCAGAUUCAAAUUGUGAUGAAAGCAUUAUUGAAGACGAUGACAAAUGGUUUGACAUGAAACAGUUUCAUAUGGGAAUUGGAGUUGGAAUUGUAAUUGGAUUUGUUGGAGUUUGUAACAAUAAUUUAUCUGGAGUUAUUCCAAAGUCAAUGGGUUUAUUACUACAAAUUCGAGUUUUGCAAUUGAGGCACAACAACUUCUCAGGAAAUCUACCCUCAUCCUUACAAACUAGUGAGCAGCUUCAAGUUUUUGAUAUUGGAGAUAAUGCAUUGGAAGGAAAAAUUCCACUGUGGAUUGGCCAAAAACUGACAAAUUUGAUCUUUCUGUCUCUAAAAUCUAAUAAAUUCAGUAAUCGUAUUCCAUCUAAUCUAUGUAAUCUCCAUGCCAUUGAAAUGUUGGACCUUUCCAUGAAUAGAAUAUUUGGGACUAUCCUCCAUGUCUAG